UUGUGUGCCCCCACUUUCUUGCCUUGUUGCGCCAGUAACCACAUGCGUUUUCGAUACAUCGUUUCGUUUCGUGGUACACCUCACCCUUCCCGAGCCAAGUACGACUGUGCUGCGUGCUCCAUCGCGUAACGAAACCGAGGGCGUCGGCGCUGUAGAUCCGAACAUCUUGGCACGGCGUAAAAACGCAACAUGUUUGCCCAGGUACUGACGCGAUGCCUACAGACGUGUGCCUCGCUCCGAGCAGUGGAGAAAACGGCCCUCAUGGAACUGCGCAAGAAGACGGGCUACACCUUCUCCAACUGCAAGAAAGCACUUGAGGCCACUGAAAAUGACAUCAAAAAGGCAGAGAAGUGGCUGACCGACGAGGCCAAGAAGCACGGAUGGGCUAAGUCAGCGCAGAUGCAAGGCCGCCAGACCAAGCAGGGACUCAUUGCCAUAAAUGUGGACGGGCCCUUUGCAGCCUUGGCAGAGGUGAACUGCGAGACGGACUUUGUGGCUCGGACUCCAGAAUUCCAGAAGUUUGUGGAACAGCUGGUGCGGUCGUGUACCAGCCAUGCCAAGAAGUUGCCUUCUCUGGAGACUGCUAUCAUGAAAGUGAGGCUGGGCACCAAGGAGCUGGAGAAGCUGCGGAUCAAAGAUGGCCACACGGUCGAGGAAGCUCGGGCACUGGCCGUAGGCAAGCUGGGCGAGCAGCUGGCCGUUCGACGAGCCCUGUGUCUUCGAGGCGAGGCGGGAACCACGCUACUCGCAGGCUACUGCCACCCACAGAACAACAACGUUGGCGAAUCAAAGAAGUACCCAUGCUUUGGUCGGUACGGUGCCCUUGUGGCGUACCGGGACCUCGGUGACAGUCCGCUAAGCGAAGAGGAGAUAGAGGAACUGGGGCGCAAGCUGUGCCAGCAGGUGGUAGCACUGAACCCAAAGUCUAUUGGCUUGCUGGACGACUACCUGUUGUUCGAGAGGGAGGAGGAGAAGAGGAUGAAGGAAAAGGAAGCCAAGCAGGAGGAGGACGAGAAGAAGAAAGAGUUGGAAGGAAAGCCAGAAGCCAGCCAGGCAGCCGAAGAUGACGCGGCAGCACCCGAGGAGAAACAGGAAGAACAGGAAGAACAGCCACCUGUGGAAGAAGAGGACGAAAGCCGGCUACUCUUCCAGAACUACGUGUGCGACCCCAACUUCAAGGUUGGCCGAUUGGUCGCCGAUAGCCGCAUCGAUAUCAUGGACUUCGAACGCUUUGUCUGUGGCGAAAGCACCGAGAAGAACGAGUGACCCAGGCCAUCCAGCACCGGCACACAGUGACCAUCUCAGUCUCUCCACGAGCUCGCCUCUGAGCUCACCUCUGAGCACAAGCUCGCCUCUAUGCAGGCCCUCACUCAGCGGCUGCGUCGAAUGACGUCCAGAGUCUAGAGCUUUUAGUAGACAUUACUUAGUGCCUUCUCCCUUCUACAAUGCUUAUGACAUCGACAGCAACAGCAAGGCUGGUAUGCGGGGUAGUAUGUCAGCGGUUACCACCAGGGCGCUUCUCAAAGUGUGCUCAGAUUGGGUCGCUACAGACCGCCUCCCGCUGCUGCAACAAGACGCAGAAUUCGCGGCAGCUUUGGGAACAUGGGUACUUUUGUGUACCACAAACCCUGCAGCGGUACUUCAAGUAGCGAGGUUUCUUAAGGACAUCGACUGGAGCCACCUGGUGACCGAUGACUGAACUGAUGGAACGGGAGCCACGUUGUUCUGCAACUGUGGAGCAGCAGCGUUUUGUUGCGAAUUCAAUUGGGUUACUUACUCUUUGGAAGCAGUGUUUUGGAAACAUCGUAUGAAGUUAAUGCAGUGCUGCGGAAUAUAAUUGCGGUACCGUCUUGUGGUUAGUGAAAAAAUUUGAAGUGUGAGCAAUUGCAGCAUUAGCAUUGGUGUAUUGCAUUUGUGAAUGGCAGUGCAACGUAUUGUGCAAGUUUCUUGCUCUGUUCUGACGACUUUAAAAUUUUGCGAGUUACUUCGCCAGCCAGCUCCCCAAUGCAUUCUGGGCUGUGCUUUCCGCAAUCACAGCGUGUUGGCAGCAGUCAGUGAGUAGUAGCUAGCGUAGAACUUUCGCUGACCACACCACAAUACUAUGUUGCUCGAGCUUGUAUAAUUCAUCUCUUUUAUAAAUCGCUCGCAUGAGUACUUUGUGCACAUCUGUUGUAGCACAUUCAGCAUAUUUUUUUUUGCAUGUAAAGCUUUGCUAUGCACGUUUUCGACGCCUGUGACCAUUGCAGUAGUGUUUCUGGCUUUAAUCUAUCAUGCCUUGACUAGCAUCUGUGUUUUUCGGUUAUUUUUGUUGUAUCUACGAUUGCUUCGAUGUAGGGUUUUUCUAACGUGUAAAUUAAGUGCUCUCUUAUUUGAGCAUAAGCAAUGCACAUUACGUGUAAAAUGGUAUAUACGUUCACAUUGCGGGCCCAUAAUAUGUGCAUGCUGUAUUAUGUCGAGUAAUAAAUGAUAUUGCAUUCUGUUA